AUGUCCACCAACAAAAAAACCGUCUCCGUAAUCGGCUCCCUCAACAUCGACUUCAUCACCCGCACAACCCGGCUACCGCUCCCGGGGGAGACCCUCUCGGCGCUCUCCUUCGACCAAGGCUUCGGCGGCAAAGGCGCCAACCAAGCCGUCGCGUGCGCGCGACUCGCCGGCGAGGACGUGCGUGUGCGGAUGGUGGGGCACGUGGGCGGGGAUGGUUUUGGGCGCGAGUAUCUGGAGGCGUUGGGGAGGGAGGGGAUUGAUGCGGGUGGGGUGAGGAGGUUGGAGGGGGAGAAGACGGGGGUUACGAAUAUUGUGGUUGAAGAGGAGAGUGGUGAGAACCGAAUCAUGUUUGUGGCGAAUGCGAAUUGGGCGUUUGGGAAGGAGUAUGAGAAGUGGUGGGAGUUGGUGGGGAAGGAGGAGGGGGAGAGUGAGGUUUUGGUUUUUCAGUUGGAGAUUCCGUUGAAUGUGGUUCUGCACAAUAUGACCAGAGCAAGACAAGCCGGUAAACAUGUCCUCGUGAACCCAGCCCCGGCGAUUCUAUUGCCAGCGUCCGCCUACGAGAACAUGGACACACUGGUAAUGAACGAAACCGAAGCGAGCAUACUAGCCGGCACAGAUCCAAGCCAGGCUGAAGACCAGACAGCCGAACAACUCAUCAGCACCGCAAAACAAUUCCUAGGCUGGGGUGUCCGCGACGCUGUAAUCAUCACUCUUGGCGGCAAGGGGCUUGUCUACGCCACCGCAGCAGGAGCUCAAGGCCACAUUGGCGCUCAUAAAGUCAGCGUUGUUGAUACCACUGCUGCUGGAGACACUUUUGUGGGUGGAUACGCUGUACAGCGGGCAAGGAACAACACGGCGAGCUUUGAUUAUCGAAAAGCGUUGGAGUUUGCUACUUUGGCUGCGUCGAAGACGGUUCAGAAGCGUGGAGCUAUGGCUUCGAUUCCGUAUCUUAAGGAAUUAUAG